AUGAGUACCGGGUCAUCAUCCGGCGUCUUCUCUACCCCUGUUUUCCUUGGACCUCUAUUCGGUGGAAUCGCCAAUUGGCUAUUUCUAACGCUCUUCAUCUUCACAUUCUCAAACGUCAGUGGCAGUCACCUGAACCCGACUAUUACUUUAGCCACAUUCUUCGCCCGUUUGAUUUCCUUUCCACGAAUGGUUAUAUACCUACUCAGUCAAACUCUAGGUGGAGCCCUAGCUGGGUUCAUACUUCAGUCGGCCUACGGCUCCACAGACUUCACAGUCGGUGGCUGCAAUAUUGACCUGCGGCUAGUUCCUGUUGCGGAUGCCUUUCUUCUCGAGUUCAUUUUCUGCCUGCUCCUGCUGUUCCUCUCCUUUGGAGUGGGCCUUGACCCUAGACAGGGCCAGAUAUAUGGAGCAGCACUUUCACCUUUUCUAGUCGGGAUGACGCUCGGUGUUGUAAGUUGGGGGUCAGCAUUCACUCGGAACGGCUAUUCUGGAGCUUGUUUAAACCCGGCUCGUUGCUUCGGUGUCUACGUGGCCACCUCAUUUCCCAGCUAUCAUUGGGUACAUUGGGUCGGUUCGAUUGUCGCUUCCGUGGGGCAUGGAAUUGUUUACUUUGUUGCACCCCCGUGGGGUUAUAGAGCAAUAUAG